AUGAACUGCCAGAUGUCAAACAUCACUGUAACCUAUCGAGACGGUAGAGUGGCUCAAUUGGAACAAGUCUACAUACGUGGAAGCAAGAUCCGCUUUUUAAUUCUACCAGACAUGUUAAAAAACGCCCCCAUGUUAAAGAGCAUGAAAAACAAGAACCAAGGGUCUGGAGCUGGAAGAGGAAAAGCUGCCAUUCUUAAAGCACAGGUGGCAGCACGGGGUCGAGGCCGUGGAGGAAUCGGCAGAGGAAACAUUUUCCAGAAGAGGCGAUAG